CCUGCUUCCCCUACUCCAUCAAGGAGCACGGUGAGGCGUGGAGCGCAAGCGCUGUGGGGCUGUCAAACCAGUAAAGUCGGUGUAGUGGUUCUGCAUAUUUGGAAUUUGGAACUUGCAGUGAGAUGUUUAGGAGCCUGACUAGAGUGGUCAGACCAGUGCAUUGGUCAGCGGGGCUAUCAGAGGUCAGACUUAUAAAACAUGCACCAGUUACAAGUCUUUUAAUCUGCAAAAACAUGUCAUCCAAAAAGUUUGGGCUCUCGAAAAAGCUCAUUGGAACUGAAAAAAAUAUAUGGGUGGAGUUCGGGAAACUAGCAACAGAAUGUAAAGCUCUCAACCUGGGUCAGGGGUUCCCGGACUUCAAGCCUCCUGAGUAUGUCCUGGAAGCACUGGAGACCUGCGCGAGCGGCAGCUUCUCCCUCAGCCAGUACACACGCAGCUUCGGUCACCCUCGACUCGUGAAUGCCUUGGCUAAGGUCAACUCACCACUGAUUGGACGAAACAUUGACCCUAUGACCCAGGUGUUGGUGUCUGUUGGGGCGUACGGAGCACUGUUCAGCGCGAUACAGGGAAUGAUCAAUCCCGGAGACGAGGUGGUCAUCAUCGAACCAUUCUUUGACUGCUAUGAGCCCAUGGUGCGAGUGGCUGGAGGAACGCCAAGAUUUGUCCCCCUUAGACCGAAAAGUUCUGGCGACUCCUCAUCAAGUGGGGACUUCACUCUGGACCCCCAGGAACUGGAGAGUCAGUUCAACGAGAAGACGAAAAUCAUCAUUGUCAAUACACCCAACAACCCACUUGGGAAGGUGUUCCUACGGGAAGAGCUGGAGAUGAUUGCGGCCCUGUGUAAGAAGUACAACGUGGUCUGUGUGGCGGACGAAGUGUACGAGUGGAUGACCUACCCAGGACAUCAGCACAUCAAAAUAGCCUCCCUCCCAGGUAUGUGGGAGCGCACUCUGACAAUCGGCAGCGCGGGGAAGACAUUCAGCGCUACAGGUUGGAAACUGGGCUGGACAAUUGGACAACAUCUGAUAUGACACGGGGUAUAUGUGAACUUUGUUUUUUAUCCCCCAAGGAAGCUGUUGCGAUAUCGCUUUGAAAAGGAGUUAUCUCGUCUGGAGUCACCUGACUGCUAUUUCCGGUCGCUGCCAGCGGAGUUGUUGCCGACGCGGGACAUGCUGGUGAAGACUCUGAAGGAUCUGGGCAUGACACCCAUCAUACCUGAGGGGGGAUACUUCAUCAUGACGGACGUCUCCAAGUUCUCUGCUCCAGAUGAUGGAAGCGGGGACCCUAAAGAUUUCCAGUUCGUGCGAUGGAUGACACGUGAGAAGAAAUUGGCAGCCAUUCCACCUUCAGCCUUCUAUAGUAAGGAGCACAAAUUCAUGGCAGAGAAAUAUAUACGGUUCUGCUUCAUUAAGGAGGACAGUACUCUGGAGAAGGCAGCCAAGAUCCUCCAGGAGUGGAAGGCAUCCCUAUAAUGUCCUCCUCCUCCUCUCCCCCUCUCCCUCCACAGCCUGCUCCAUACUUCCCUACUGGAUCCUAAUGCCUGCUUUCUCACAGGAUCUUGUAGAGUGGUCUGGUGAUCACAGCCUGCUCCAUACUUCCCUACUGGGAUCCUAAUGCCUGCUUUCUCAUCAGGAUCUUGUAGAGUGGUCUGAUGACCACAGCCUGCUCCAUACUGUGGGAUCCUAAUGCCUGCUUUCUCACAGGAUCUUGUAGAGUGGUCUGAUGACACAGCCUGCUCCAUACUUCCCUUAAUGGGAUCCUAAUGCCUGCUUUCUCACAGGAUCUUGUAGAGUGGUCUGAUGACCACAGCCUGCUCCAUACUAAUGCCUGCUUCUGUCAUCAGUACUAUUCAAUGCUUCAAUACUGAUGUAUGCGUCAAUAAUACUCAAUACUCCAGUACUGCUUUAUGCUUCAAUACUACUAAACUCCUUGGGAGAUUAGUGACUCUUCUGACAGUGGGGUAAGAGUAAGUUUGUCACAUGUACACUUCAUGUCUUCUCCAGGGAAGUGUAUUUCAUUGUUGUUACAUAGGAUAUAGGAUAGGGCUAGGGGGAACCUCUGUCCAAGGUCUGUAACCCCUGUCUGUGAUCUGUAACAAGCUAAAACCUAGAGAGUAAAACCUGUUUGUGACGAGCCUAAAGGUAAGAGUGGAUGGUGCUGACUAGGAGGCGGAGAGGCAACUGUAACUGUCUCCAUGGCGACUAUGUGAUCUUCACUCCAGCUACUUGAGAUUGUCAAUGUGAUAUUGUUUGUAAUGCAAUAUGGAGAAAUAUUGUCAGGAAUUAUUAUACAGUGUCCCCAUAGUUCUCUCUCAACCUUAGUUUACUUGAAAUCAGUUUUAUACUUUGAGAAUUAUUUUUUUGUUUUGUUCCUGGGAUUUGUUUGAUGUUUUGAAGAUAUUUAUUAGAAGUCAUGGUUUUGUUUUGUUUUUCUGAAGACUUACUGAAAAUCACUGUAAAUGAGAAUGUCAUGUUUUGUUGCUAUAAUAUAGCAAUAGAUAUUUGUUUUAAUGGUGAGUGUGUUUGUGAGCAUGUGUGAGAACAUCCUUGUUUUACAGGAUAUUGAUAUCAACUCAAUGUAUCAUCAUGUUACUGCAUUUGUUUCCACUCAACCAAUGUCAACAGAAAAUAUGUGUUUGUGAAAAUGAUGUUUGGACCACAAACAAAAUACCAAAUCAAAUGAUCUAUAAGAGAUGGUGUGUAUCUCAUAAGUUUUAACUGUAUUAUAAUCCACAUGUAACACUAACAUUUGACUGGUAUCUUCACCAUAAGCUGCUAUGGGGUAGCCCAGUGGUUAAAGCGGUUGCCUGUUAUUGUUAUUCCAUGGAUCAAUUCCCAACUCGGGCACCGUGUGUGCAGCCCAUUUCUCUUGUACCAAAUGGAGAUUGACAUUGCUAGGGGCAUAUCUGGAUGCUAAUAUUGUGGGAAUAAGCCCAGCUAUACCUAUGCUCUAAUAAGCUCCCACUGACUAGCUUCUUAACCAGUCUGUCAGUAGUCACCGUACUAUUGCAGAUUCUUCCUAGAAAACAGGUCAGGGGAAAGGGAAUAUAGGUGUUAACUAUGGAAACGUUAGUUAUAUUUACAGUUGAAGUAAGUUUAAUAGGCAACCCAUUUGUCAGUUUUCUAAGCACCAAGAGCAUUUAUUGGGGCAAGUAUGGUAUGUCCUCCCUCACUACCUCAUUCUUCUCAUUGGACUUAAAUGGAUUUGGGGUGAUCUGCCUGUGUGGCUGGACUGAUCGCUUGUUUGUUGUCAAUGGUAACGAUUGUAACUCAUUCUUUCACUCUCUGAUUGGCCAGGAAUUGGCUCAUCACAUGCUGGGAUUAUACAGCAGGAAUAUAUGUGACUGUAGCAUCUCGCUGUGUUUACCCGCCAAUAAAAAAGUAUAUUACCUAGAUGGAUGGUCAGGGACAGUAUGCAUAUUAUUAUUCGGACAUGUAAAUAAUGUCUCAAAUUGAUUAAAACAUCCAGAAACUGCAGAAAUGUUGUCCUAAGUUUCCAAGUUAACUUAUUAACCAAAUUAGCUGCUGUUGCUAUAUCUCUAACUCAACUCAGUAUUUGUCUUGCUCAUUGGGAUGAUCUGAUUGGCUGGGUGUAAAUAGGGUCAUAUUUAACCAGGGUGUGAUACUGUGCCAGAUGAGGCCAAGGUAUUUGUCAAAUUAGAGGGGAUAUAAAUACAUAUUCAGGACUGUAUGGUCUAAUAUUGGCAUUGUGUUUUUUAACAGAUCUAAACACGUCAGUAUUGAGGGGCCACUUAGUUAAAGGUAUUAAAAAUAAUGCAGUUCAGUUACAUCUGGAAUGAACCAGUUUAUAUCUACUGGUACUUGUAUUGCAUGGCACAGCAUGGGAUAAACCUCUUGUGUUCUGGUGUCUUUGGGAUAUCAAAAUCCAGUUUGGCACUUUUGAUCGUUUCUAAUAAUUGUUCAUUCUUUUUUAUAAACAAAACAGCGUCCAAUUUUUGUUGCAUGGUAAUAAACAUGUUCUUAAACUGUUAAUCCUAUUUUACUCCUACUCAGACUUAAAGAUACAUGUACUUGCUGCGAUAUGUUCACUUCUUUGAAAGGCAUUUUAGAAGUUGUUAAGAUGAAGGAAAAUUAAGUUCUAUGGAUAGUCAACUCCUUUAUUGCAUAGAGUGUGACGUUUUGGUGUAGGUACUAACACCGUUAUCAAGCAAGUGAUGAUAACUUGCUUGAUAACAGUAUUAGUACCUACACUGAAACGUUGCACUCAUUGCAAUAAAGAAGGAUAUGUUCUUGUUUGAUACCCUACACACCUGGGUGACCCUUCAGUAAUGAUGAGGAGUAUGAUUGGCUGGCUGGUGUGGUCCAGGUUAGAAUAUUUACAGACAACUGUCAUAUAGCUGGAACAUUGUUGAGUUAAACAAGAAUCAAAUGAUAUCCGAGGGUUUCAAGUUGACCUUUAUUGUACCACCAGCAAUGAGAGUUAAUGCUUUGUAUUAAAUCCUUAUACAAA